CUUGCUGCAGUUGCGUCAAAGUAGGAUAUUCAACCGUCCGGGCUGAGGAACCCCGUACACGAUUCGGCUUGUAAACCGCCGAUGAAUUACGCAAAAUAUGGGUGUAUACCAAUUUACACCGACCACCGAGCGACCACCGCGGAACGCAUUGUCAAUAACACGUUGUUCUUGAAUUAUCAAUGACCGUGGAAUUCCUAUGUAUACAUACACUUAUAUACAAUGAUAUCCCAUUCACGGUCUCGUACACCGACUAUAUAAAGGCUGGCAACACCGUCCAGAGUCAACCAGUGAACCGGCUUCACCCUUUACCGCCGAUAAGUGUAUUUUCAACGGGCAAACGGCGACAAUGGGGAUCUCGGAAACAGCGGCUCGAUCCGCCACCGCCUGUUUUCUGCUAAUAAUCUCGCUGGGCUGUGCCGUCGCAUUACCGACUAACGUCGAACGCAUGACCGUGUCCCGUAUGAAAAUGGCCGACCUGGAGACAUCGGCAACGGGAUACUCUUAUCAUCAGCGACACGGUGCGCCGGCCUCUUACGUUCAAUACAAUGAUCACGGCACCGGAAGAUACUACGAAGCUCCGGCGCCGGUAAAUUACGUGUCAUCCGCUCCCGGACCGCUCGCCAUUUCCACCCCGAUCGCGUACGGUGCGCCCAAAACUAUCCUACAACUGGAAACGGUCCCGGUUCAAUACGGCAAACAGAACGGUUUGCCACCGGGUUACAUCGUCCCGCUCUUGCCGCAGCGGGAACAGCCGUUGGCACCUUACUACGUACCCGCGACUGAAGCACCGAAACCAGCCUUGAAAAUUGAAAUCGUCGAAGACGAGGACGAAGACGAUGACGAGGGAGACGAAGAGGGAGACGAAGAGGACGACGGAGACGACGACGGAGACGACGAAGAAGAAGACGUCGGACCGGAACACCCCGAGGGAUCAUUCGGUCACGGAUUCGACGGACACGUCGAAAGUCACGAGGAUGCGGAAGGCCACCGGCACGAUGCAGAGGAACACCAAGCUCGUGGGGAGAAGGGAGAAAAGGGAUACAAGAAUUAUCACGGAUUCGAUAAAGGAGAAAAAGGCGAACACGACAGCGAGAAUCACAAGGGUCAAUACAGCGAAGACGCCGGAAGUAAAAAAGCCCACAGCGAUAACGCCGCUCAUUACGACAAGCACGAGGUAAAAUCUGAAGGUGAAAGUGGCGCCAGUUACGGAAAGGGUGCAUCUCACAAGAAAGGACAUAAGACGAGCGGUUUUCACAACGUCUAUCACAAGGACGAGUACAAAAAAGACACCGACUUUUACGACGAGGCUCACAAGAGCGGACAGUUCGAAAAGCACGGCGCUUUCGGGGCCGAGCACGCGGCUGGCGAAGGCGCGUUCAAAAAAGGUGGACGACACGAUUCGGGGCAUUCGGAAAGUGAAAGGGGAAAAAGUGGGGAAUAUGACAAGGGGCAUAAUCACGAGGAAGCCGAAGGACACCGGAGGGAGGAAGGAAACGAAAAAUACCACGAAAAUUACGAGGAUUACGCGAAAAAGGGCGAAGCCAGCGAAGGCAAGACGCACGGUUACAGCAGAAAGAAUCGCGAGGAGCCGAGCAAAUACUCUUCUUAAAUUCCAUCGAGUCCGCCGUAUCGCUACGAAACCGAAGCUUGUUUUUUUAUUCCUGCCAAAUUUGAUCUGUUGUGUUUGUUUUUAACGUUAAGUUCGCAUAAUAUAUUUUUCAGAAAGUAAACGAA